AAACCUCCAGCUGAUCUCGACCAACUCGAGUCGAAGUGCUUGAAUGCGCUCAUAGCUAUUUUAAUUAAUGUAAAUAAAGCCGAAUUAAGAUGAAAUUUUUGAAAAUUUUAAGUGAAACAUAUAAAUUUAAAACGCGGCAAUCUGCAUAAGUGUAAAUGUUUUCGUGACGGUGCAAUGAAGAUUUUCGAUUACAAUUAACCUAAAAAAAACAAAUUCACAUGACGUAAUUGGAAUGGAAAAUUAAAGCAAAUUUGAUGGAAGUUCUACAUAAUUGUAAAAAUAUCUCUCAUUUCCAAGAGUAUACGUAAAUAUUCGAAGGCCUACAGUUUUGUGAAUAAUCGAGGUUAAUAAAAGUCUCGGCGGAAGUUCCAUCAAACAUUGCUUUUCCACGAAAGAAGACUGAGAAAACGAGAAUAUCAUCUUCAGUAGAAAACAUUACUCUUUCAACAAAAGGAGUAGAUUUUUGAUUAAUUCGUAUCAUCUAGUCAUAGUUGGGCUCUAACAUUUGCGAAAAAAUGGCAACACAGUUGUUUUACAGUUACGGAGAAUUUUGUGCCAGCCACCCUUGGGAAAUCAUCAUGGCCAUGCUUACCUUGACGACUUGCAUGCUAACAGUUGAACAUCAGUACCCUUCGCCCCCACCGAAACCUCCUCUUCGCGAUUGUGCUGGUUGUCUACAGGAGGCGGAAUACAAUGCGGCAGAUGUGAUUGUGAUGACACUAAUCCGAUGUCUGGCAGUGCUCUACAGCUACUAUCAGUUCCGAAAUUUACAUAAAAUGGGAUCGAAGUAUAUUUUGGGUAUUGCGGGACUAUUCACUGUGUUCUCCAGCUUUAUUUUUACUUCGACAGUUAUUAACUUUUUGAAAAUCGAAGUCUCAGACCUAAAAGAUACUGUGUUCUUCUUCUUACUUUUAAUAGACUUAUCAAAAGCUGGGAAAUUGGCGCAGUUUGCACUAAGAGGUUCCAAACAGGAGGUUAAAAGUAAUAUUGCGACGGGCAUGUCCUUACUGGGACCGUUGAUGACUUUAGAUACAAUUGUGGAAACGCUGGUUAUCGGGGUUGGGACUUUGUCUGGUGUACACAGGCUCGAGGCACUGUCGUACAUUGCGCUGUUAUCGGUUAUUGUAAACUACAUCAUAUUUAUGACUUUCUAUCCGGCUUGUUUGUCAUUAAUAUUAGAGUUGUCCCGCAUGACCAAUACAUGUGGUGGAAGAAAUGUGAAUCUCAUCGCGGCAACUCUCACAGAAUCACACAAAUCCAACCCUGUAGUGCAAAGAGUCAAAUUAAUUAUGUCCGGAGGACUUUUGUUGGUGCAUUUACACAGUCAUUUAUCCUUUAAAGAUUAUGGAAUUGAGGUCAUAGGGUCUCAGAGAGUGCCAGGAAUUCUUUUGAAUCACACAGAAGAUGAUCCCAUACGAAAUUACGUUCUCAAGUGGGUGGCAUUAAGUACCGACCACAUAAUCAUCCUAACCUUAUUGUUAGCGUUAAUUGCCAAAUUUGUGCUCUUUGAAAACAAAGAAGAAAUGGAUAAGGAGAGCUACAGAGCCCUAGAAGCUCUAUCACCUGCAGUGCCAUCGUUACAUAACACCAAUUUACACCAAAUUCCACCACCACCUGUCGUUAGGCAAGAUUCUGAACGUGUCUUUUCUUUAAUUAGUCAAGAUUCAGAUGAUGAUGAGAAAACUUAUGAAGAUAAAGGAGUUCAAACCACUCCGAUUUCAUCCGAAAAACAAGAAAGGGUAAGAUUUGCAGUUCGUAAGCCGAUACGCAGCGUGGAGGAGUGUCUGAGUAUAUACAACAGUCAGUUAAGUGCUGCCGAACUAACGGACGAGGAAGUAAUAUUACUCAUCGAAAAUAAACAUCUGCCCGCAUACCAAAUCGAAAAGGCGGUCGACAAUCCCGAACGUGGUGUAAGCAUUCGACGGAAAUUGGUCGGCCUGUCUGGGAAUUUUAUCGAUGCGUUAGCUAAUUUGCCAUACAAAAACUACGAUUAUGGCAAUGUUCUUGGGGCAUGCUGUGAAAAUGUGAUCGGUUACAUGCCCGUUCCCGUCGGCAUUAUUGGUCCGCUGUUGCUCGAUGGACAACUGAUUCAUGUGCCAAUGGCAACAACUGAAGGUUGUUUAGUGGCAAGCACGAAUCGAGGCAGCCGAGCUUUGUUGAGGACCGGCGUUACGAGUCGUGUCGUCGCCGAUGGUAUGACUAGAGGCCCUGUUCUCCGAUUUCCAUCAAUUGUUGAUGCAAGCAACGCCAUGGCUUGGCUGGAGAAACCCGAAAAUUUCGCAUUGGUCAAAGCGAGUUUCGACGGCAGUAGCCGAUUCGCUAGACUCUCCAGGUUACAUAUACGUAUCGCAGGACGUUACCUGUUCGUUAGAUUCGUCGCGAAAACCGGCGACGCGAUGGGAAUGAAUAUGAUUUCGAAAGGGACGGAGGUCGCUUUGAAAAUGGUACAGAAACAUUAUCCGGAUAUGGAAAUUUUGAGCCUUAGCGGGAAUUUCUGUACGGACAAGAAGCCGGCCGCUGUGAAUUGGAUUGAGGGUCGAGGAAAAUCGGUGGUGUGCGAGGCGGUUGUCCCGGCAAGGAUCGUUAAGACAAUGUUGAAGACGUCCGUUCAUUCAUUGGUUGACGUUAAUAUCUCCAAGAAUAUGAUUGGAUCGGCGAUCGCUGGAAGCUUGGGAGGAUUUAAUGCUCACGCUGCCAACAUUGUGACUGCCAUAUUUAUUGCUACAGGUCAAGAUCCCGCACAAAACAUUGCCAGCAGUAAUUGUAUCACUUUGAUGGAACCUUGGGGAGAGAGCGGAGAAGAUUUAUACAUAUCUUGCACGAUGCCUUCUAUUGAGAUUGGAACAGUGGGUGGUGGUACUAUAUUACCCGCGCAAGCGGCCUGCUUAGACAUUCUGGGUGUAAAAGGUGCGCAUCCAGUAACUCCGGGCGAAAAUGCAAAGCAGUUAGCUAGAAUCGUGUGUGGCGCAGUUUUAGCUGGCGAGUUAUCACUUAUGGCUGCACUGACAGCCGGACACAUUGUUAAAAGUCAUUUAAAAUACAACCGGUCUUCCGUUCUUCUUAAUCGGGAACAAUCAGUGUGCUCUAAUGUACCUUAACGUGAUACUUUUCUUGUUUUAAUGAUUUUAUAAAUCUUCAUUUUGCAUUCAUCAUGUUUUUAUGAGGAGAAUAAAUUUGCAAAACUAAAUGGCAAAAUUGCGGGCAUCUUGCUAUUAUCUUUGACAGCGUUGAACACCGUCCACUUUAAUGUCAGAGUAAGAGACAAUGAAAGCAGAUCUUAUGGUCUAGAUUGCACAGAAAGAGAAACCAGUGAUUAGUUAGCUUUUUAUGAUUUUAUUUAUUGCCGAAGAUGAGAAUCUACAUACAGUUAAACCAAAUACUUGGUACCUACAUUAUGUUAUAGCUUUCUGUUACAAUAACGCCGCCAAGUUAAGUAUCGAUUAGUCAAGGGAUGUAAGCUCAAUUGAGAAACAAGAUACUUAUAUUACUGUGAUACUAGUCUCGAAUGUAUUUAAAAAGAUGUCUGACUCCUUCAAAUGAUGCUUGUAAAUUUAUCAGUUGUUGCAGAUUUCGUUACAUUUGUAAAAACUUUAUUCCUGUAACAGAAAAAUCCCUUGUGGUGGUUACUGGUCUAUUAUCUAGUCAUAAAAAUAAUAAUAAUCAGUUAAUUUUUAUGCGUAGUUUUAAUUGGCAAAUAUUUUAGCCAAUAUUAUUUUAGUUUAUAAAAAAACGAGAUCUUUCACGAAACUUUGUUGAAUUAUUUGGUGCACACAUCGAAUAGUUAAUUUUAGUUAACAGAUUGAAAUCUACGGACAAAGGUACCUAAAGUCAUAUUGAAGAAAGUAAAGCUCAGAUUUCAGAUGACUUCUAUUUAUUUAUCAUCGUCAGUUAUGACUUUAGCGCUAAUUUUUGAUCCUACAAACGAUUGUAGAUAGGCAUAGGUAUGCGAUUUAAUUGUAAGCAGUUUAUAGAUGUUAUUAUAUUGAAUAUUUUGCAAAAAAUUAAAUUUUUAUACAAUGUGU